CCCCUUUCGAAUAAGAAAUAUGUCUGCUGGCUACGUCGCUGCCUGAACAAAACAAAUCUCGUGGAGAAUGGCAGACAUCGGGGUAGAAGACCUUGAACAGCUCGAGUAUCUAUCUUUGGUGUCCAAAGUAUGCACAGAACUCGACAACCAUCUGGGAAUAAGCGACAAAGAUCUUGCUGAGUUUGUUAUUAGCCUGGCAGAGAAGCAACCAACAUUUGAAGGCUUUAAGUCACUACUGUUGAAAAAUGGAGCAGAGUUUACAGAUUCCCUCGUCAGCAAUUUGCUCAGACUUAUUCAAACUAUGCGACCUCCGUCUAAGGCGUCUUCAAGCAAAGUCUCAGAGCCUGUUGUCAAGCAGAAGAAUGAGAAGGACAAGCUGAAAGAGCUGUUCCCAGCUUUGUGCAGACCAAAUGAGCCGAUUCCUAAGGGCAUGCUAGAUGAUGAUGAUGUCAAAAUAGCAGCAGAUGUCAUGAAGGAGUUGGAGAUGUUCAUGCCAAGUGUUAGUGGAAGUGACUCAAAAAGCAAGAGCAAAUCUGACCGGAAGAGGCGCCACAGCAGAAGCAGAAGCCGUAGCAAGGACCGGGACAGAGACCGGCGUAGACGCCACCGCUCCCGCUCGCGCUCCAGGUCCCGUUCUAGGGACCGCACCCGCCACAGAGACAGGGACAGGGAGAGAGACCGGGACCGAGACCACAGCAAGAAGCACUCGUCUCGCUGGGCUGACCGCACCCCUAGCCCCCGUAGAGACAGAGACCGAGAUGUGGACAAGCACUCUGAAGACCGCUGGAAAGACAAACAUGUCGACCGACCACCUCCGGAGGAGCCUUCUGUGGGGGACAUCUACAACGGCAAAAUCACCAGCAUCAUGCAGUUUGGCUGCUUCGUGCAGCUGGAGGGCCUGAGAAAGCGCUGGGAGGGAUUGGUUCACAUCUCCGAGCUGCGCAGAGAGGGACGCGUGGCCAACGUGGCCGAUGUUGUCACCAAAGGUCAGAGGGUCAAGAUUAAAGUGUUGUCUUUCACCGGGUCCAAGACCAGCCUCAGCAUGAAGGAUGUUGACCAGGAAACCGGGGAGGAUCUGAACCCCAACAGGAGGAGGAACACUGGCCCUGACGGCCACGAGGAGACGGCCAUGAGGAACCCUGACCGCCCCUCCAACCUCAACCUCGGCCACGCCCCCGAGGUUGAGGACGACACUUUGGAGCGCAAGAGACUCACCAAAAUAUCAGACCCGGAGAAAUGGGAGAUUAAACAGAUGAUUGCUGCUAACGUUCUGUCUAAAGAGGAGUUCCCAGACUUUGACGAAGAGACUGGUAUCCUUCCCAAAGUCGACGAUGAAGAAGAUGAAGAUCUGGAGAUUGAGCUGGUGGAGGAAGAGCCUCCGUUCCUGCGAGGACACACCAAACAGAGCAUGGACAUGAGCCCUGUCAAGAUCGUAAAAAAUCCGGACGGUUCGCUGUCCCAGGCUGCCAUGAUGCAGAGUGCUCUGGCGAAGGAGAGGAGGGAGGUGAAGCAGGCCCAGAGGGAGGCUGAGAUGGACUCUAUCCCCAUGGGCCUCAACAAGCACUGGGUCGACCCUCUGCCUGAUGUUGACGGGAGACAAAUCGCAGCCAACAUGAGAGGCAUUGGCAUGAUGCCCAAUGAUAUCCCAGAGUGGAAGAAACAUGCCUUUGGGGGCAACAAGGCAUCGUACGGGAAGAAGACUCAGCUCUCCAUCCUGGAGCAGAGAGAGAGCCUGCCCAUCUACAAGCUCAAGGAGCAGUUAAUCCAGGCUGUUCAUGACAACCAGAUCCUGAUUGUUAUUGGAGAGACAGGUUCUGGAAAAACCACCCAGAUCACUCAGUAUCUGGCUGAGGCCGGCUACACAACACGGGGGAAGAUUGGCUGCACUCAGCCCCGUCGUGUAGCGGCCAUGUCUGUGGCCAAGAGAGUCUCUGAAGAGUACGGUUGCUGUCUGGGCCAGGAGGUGGGGUACACUAUUCGAUUUGAAGACUGCACCAGCCCAGAGACUGUCAUCAAGUACAUGACAGACGGUAUGCUGUUGAGGGAGUGUCUCAUCGACCCAGAUUUGGGCCAGUAUGCCAUCAUCAUGUUGGACGAGGCCCACGAGAGGACCAUCCACACUGACGUGCUCUUCGGCCUGCUGAAGAAGACGGUGAUGAAGCGCAAAGACAUGAAGCUCAUUGUGACUUCAGCAACACUGGACGCCGUGAAGUUCUCCCAGUACUUCUACGAAGCACCCAUCUUCACCAUCCCUGGCAGAACCUACCCAGUGGAGGUUCUCUACACCAAAGAGCCCGAGACGGACUACCUGGAUGCCAGCCUCAUCACGGUCAUGCAGAUACACCUGACUGAGCCCCCUGGCGAUGUCCUGGUGUUCUUGACGGGUCAGGAAGAGAUCGACACGGCCUGUGAGAUCCUGUACGAGAGGAUGAAGUCGCUGGGGCCUGAUGUACCAGAGCUGAUCAUCCUACCUGUCUACUCAGCCCUGCCCAGUGAGAUGCAGACCCGGAUCUUUGAUCCUGCACCUCCUGGAAGCAGAAAGGUGGUCAUUGCCACUAACAUUGCCGAGACGUCUCUGACCAUUGACGGUAUCUACUACGUGGUGGACCCUGGCUUUGUGAAGCAAAAGGUGUACAACUCCAAGACAGGCAUCGAUCAGCUGGUGGUGACCCCCAUCUCACAGGCCCAAGCCAAACAGCGUGCUGGCAGAGCUGGAAGAACAGGCCCAGGAAAGACCUACAGGCUGUACACUGAGAGAGCCUACAGAGAUGAGAUGCUCACCACCAACGUCCCUGAGAUCCAGAGGACCAACUUGGCCAGCACUGUGCUCUCCCUCAAGGCUAUGGGCAUCAACGACCUGCUGUCGUUUGACUUCAUGGACGCUCCUCCCAUGGAGACCCUGAUCACAGCCAUGGAGCAGCUGUACACCCUGGGAGCUCUGGACGAUGAGGGCUUACUCACACGCCUGGGGAGAAGGAUGGCUGAGUUUCCUCUGGAGCCCAUGCUGUGUAAGAUGCUGAUCAUGUCUGUCCACCUGGGCUGCAGUGAGGAGAUGCUCACCAUUGUCUCCAUGCUGUCUGUGCAGAACGUCUUCUACAGGCCCAAGGACAAGCAAGCCUUGGCUGACCAGAAGAAGGCCAAGUUCCAUCAGCCUGAGGGAGACCAUCUGACCCUGCUGGCGGUGUAUAACUCCUGGAAGAACAACAAGUUCUCCAACCCCUGGUGCUAUGAGAACUUUAUCCAAGCCCGCUCCCUGCGCCGUGCUCAGGACAUCCGCAAACAGAUGCUGGGUAUCAUGGACAGACACAAGCUGGACGUUGUGUCUUGUGGGAAAGCUACAGUGCGGGUCCAGAAGGCCAUCUGCAGUGGGUUCUUCCGGAACGCGGCCAAGAAGGAUCCUCAGGAGGGCUACCGUACCCUCAUCGAUCAACAGGUGGUGUACAUCCACCCUUCCAGUGCCCUGUUUAACCGUCAGCCUGAGUGGGUGGUGUACCACGAGCUGGUGCUGACCACCAAGGAGUACAUGAGGGAGGUGACCACCAUCGACCCUCGCUGGCUGGUGGAGUUCUCACCAGCCUUCUUCAAGGUGUCCGACCCCACACGCCUCAGCAAGCAGAAGAAGCAACAGCGCCUGGAGCCCCUGUACAACCGCUACGAGGAGCCCAACGCUUGGAGGAUCUCUCGGGCCUUCAGAAGGCGUUAAAAGUCUCCUUCUCAAACACGCUCAUACAAUCGAGAAAUGUUGUGAUGUGCUGUUGUCUGCUCCUCCCUAUAAAAUGCUAUUGGUGAAGCAUUCAUUGACGUUGUUAGACUUGUAAAUGUAUUUUGUUUGCAUUUUUAACCUACUUUUUAUAAUUUGCCUAAAUGAUGUAUUUGUUCAGACUUCCACACUUGUAUAUACAUUAUGAUUAGAGUCGGGAUUAGUUUAGUUUUGAUGGUUUAAUGUUGCCUCUGAAAAAUCAAUUUUAUGAUUCAGACUGCUAUGACUACCCAGGGAAUAUGCAACAACUUUCCAUCAAAAAUAUUUUGAACUAUAUUUUAUAGGGUAAAAAUAGAUCUGACACACUUGCAUAUUUUUGUUUCACAUUUAUAGAUUGCUUAACUGUGAAAUCCCAAAAAUGUUUCUCAUUAAUAAAUAUUGGAUUCUCUUGG